AUGGCAGCACCACCACAAAAAGAGCUCAUUCGUGCACAGAACGGCAAUUAUGAAGUGACAAAACCAUUGGCCACCGGAACAUUUGGAUCGAUUUAUAAGGCAAAAAGGGAGAGUGAUGGAAAGUUGUUUGCUGUCAAAUGUGAAUCGUUGAAUAUGAAAAGUUCGCUUCUCCGUCAAAUGUCAGUCGUACUGGCAUCCAUUCAAUAUCCGUCUCCAUUUUUCGCAACGAUCGAAGAGCGCGGAACCGUACCGCAACGUUUUCUAUUUGUUGUCAUGCCAUUGUACGGCGAGAACUUGAUCGAUCUGAUGCACAGUGUCAGAGAACGCAAAUUUAGUAUGUCAACUGGUCUUCAUUUGGCUGAACAAACUUUGACGGCGAUCAGAGAUUUACAUCGCAAUGGAUUCAUUCAUCGUGACAUCAAGCCAACACAUUUUUGUAUUGGCAGAGAAUCCGAAGACCAAUAUCACCAUGUCUUCUUGUUGGAUUUCGGAUUGUGCAAAAGACCCAGAUUUGCAAAUAAGAACAAUGAAGCUGAAGAGCAGAUGCGAAAAAAUGCGAUUCUCUACCGUGGUGUGGUCAAAUACGCCAGUGUUCAUGCCCACCAAGGAAAAAACCUUGGAUACAAAGAUGACAUGGAAUCGUGGUGGUACAUGGUUUUGGAGUUUUUCCUCGGGGCACUCCCGUGGGCUCUUCUCAAUAAAGAAAGUGAGCAAGACGUUCUUCAUUUGAAAAAACGACUCACUGCUCAAAUGGUUGCUGCUUGUUGGAAGACAACUUCAGAGACAUCAUCGGCAUUUUUUGAACUUUUAUCGAUUGUUCGAGAGCCAAAGGACGUGGCAGAAUUUGUCGAUUACGAUAGAAUUGCUGAUGGAAUUACGAAACUUUUCGAAAAAUCAAAGGCGAAUCCUCAGGAGCCGCCAGACUGGGAUUGUAUGACUGAUUAUAAGGGACCUUCUUAUCAACAAGUUCCAAUGAUUGCACCACCAGAAGUUGGACUCAAACCAGAAAUGGAAUUUGGAAAGAAUGAUCCAGGAGCCGCUGCAGGAUCCGUUGAACCGAUGAAGUCUGCGGAAGGUGCGAAGAAGAAGAAAAAGAAGUCGAAGUCGAAAGGAAAGAAGGAGAAGGGUGGAAAGAAUCGGUCCGUUUCGGAAGAUGAAGGAUAA